UUAAAACCCUCUUUCUCUACAAUCUAUGAUUCCAGUUCCAAUCUCCGUCUUUGCUGAUCAAUUCAAAGAGUUAAAAGCCAAAAGGGCAAAGUGCUUCCUCAGCAGCUGAAGACUAUAGCAAGUAUAGUGGGUAUUUGAUUUUGGAUUUCCAACAUCUGUAAUCUUAGUUCUAGGUAAGCUUAAAAUUCUGCUUCUGCUAUUCCUUUUUUCUUUUCUUUUUCUUUUCAAAAAUCAUUUCUUUCCCAUUUGGGCGGUGUUAGUUUAUGAAACAAAGGCUCUAUCUUCCUUUUUUCGUACUCUUUUUUAGAUGUUGAUUUUCUUGGGUAUGUGCAUGAAUUCUUUAAGUGAAAAAGAAGUAGAAAUGACACCGGAUAGUCAGGCUGCUAUUUAGGAAUUAGCCACUGUAUCCUGAUUUGUCUUGAAAUUAAGAUUUUUGGUUUAUAAUGUAAGGACUAAAAUAGUACUGGCCCUAAAUAGCAUCCCUAAGAAUGGCUGUUUGUGCACCUCUCCCGAAAAAGAACGCUUUGGGGGUAAGAAGGUGGUGUACAAGAUGCAGCAACUGAUGUUUCUUUUUUGUCAUGGGAUUGAAAACAGAAUUUUACUUUUAAAGAAAAAGAAAAGGAAAAAGACAGCUUAGAAGCUUGAUUUUGAUCUUAAUUUGGUUGACAGAAGCAUUUUUGAUUUGUUCGAAAGGAGAAUGAUGAGUCGCUUCAACUAGUUUCCAUUGUGUUUAUAAUUCUCAGGCAAGCUUAGGGUUAUGCUAAAAGAAAAAAUCUAUUAAGCUUAUUUAGGCUACUAAUUUGAACUUUUUUUAGCUAUAGAUGUCCGUUGAUAAGCGUAAUAGAAGCAAAUGGUGAUUGGGUUCUCGUUCUAUUGUUUUAACUUUUCCUUUUGUAUAAUAAAUCUGAAUAUUCCUCUGUUUUAAUGAAGUGCUGCAGCAGUUUGGAGAUCUUUGUAUUCAUGUUUAAUUUCUACAGGUUCUUAUUGGCGAAUUUUUAUCUAUGAUGGCUCCAAAGGGCAAAAAGCAUUGUGUUCGAACUUUACCCCCUGAUGUACUUAACAAUCUUCCUGAGAAUAUAGUUGAUGAAAUUCUUAUCCGUUUGCCUUUACGAGAUGCUGUGAGGACAAGCAUCUUGUCGAAGAAAUGGAGAUAUAACUGGUGUAGAAUUCCACAGUUGACGCUUGAUCAAGCACUUUGGAAAACUAAGAAGGAUCUAACAUACAUUACAAGUAACUUCACAAAGAUUAUCUACCACAUUUUGACCCUUCAUGUAGGACCAAUUACGAAGUUUACCCUAUGCAUUCCUAACUUGGAAGGUUGUCCUAAUCUUGAUAACUUGAUGUAUUUCCUCUCUAGGAAUGUCAUUAAACAUCUUGUUCUUAGACUUCCGAGGGGUAACCCUUACAAAUUGCCUUCUUCAUUUUUCGUAUGUUUGCAGUUAGGGCAUCUGACUCUAAAAAAUUGUUUAAUACUUCCUCCUCCAACCUUCAAAGGAUUUGAUAGGUUAACUAGCCUGAAAUUAUAUAACGUUUCAAUUUCUUCCAAGUUGCUUGAAAGUUUAAUCUCUCAUUCCCCGUUACUCGAGCAAUUGGUGCUGCAAAUCUCAGGUUUAAGUGACAUUAUUGAAAUUAAUGCUCCCAUGCUGAGAUCCUUUGACUUCACAGGCAAUAUAAGAUGUAUUUGCUUUAAAAGUAUCCCGUUUCUGGCAAAACUUUCACUUACAAAGGAAAAUUAUGUGGAAGAAAAAUGUAAUAUUGCCAAGUUGUUUGAGCCUCUUAUUGCUCUCGAGCAUCUCCAUCUGAAUGACACGUUCUUUUUUGCAGGAGCAGGUGAAGUACCAACAAGGCUUCCCUUUAAUCUUAACUUUGUCAAACAUCUUUGCAUAUCUAGUAUUUGUCUGUUUGUCUUGGAAGAGGUUUCAUUUGCUCUUUGCUUGCUAAGAAGUUUCCCAUGUUUACAAUAUGUGGAAAUUAAGGUGGAGGCCGGUGAUGGCAAUGAUAUACCUGCCCUAGAAUGCCUUGAAGUAGAACAAUUCUCAGAUGUGUCAUUUAAUCACCUCAGGGAAGUUAAGCUAAUACGGACUAAUGGCACAAUCCGUGAGAUGCAGCUUAUGAAGCUUCUGUUAGCCAAGUCUCCAGUGCUGGUGAGAAUACUAAUCGAGCCAUGUCUAGUUGAAGAUUCUGCAACUGUCAAAAUACUUGCUGAGGGUUGCACCCACUGAUGAUUUGUGCAAAAACGAAAGGAGGAUUAAGGGUCAAAUUACACUCAGAGGGAAACUUCUGUUGUACCUCCAACUGAAGUGUAUGGAAGAUGGGGUGGCAUCGAAUUUGAAGAUAAGGAAAUAGUGUGGCCGCCAAUGGUGAUUAUUGUGAACGCGUGGCUUGAGAAAGAUGAUUCUGAUGAUUAGUGGAUUGGAAUGGGAAAUCAGGAGCUGCAUGACUAUUUCAGCUAUUAUGCUGUUGUCAAGGCCAUCGUGGAAUUUUUCCAAGAAAGGGAGACAAACACAAUCCAGUUUGCUUUUGUUCUAGGGGAUGAUAUUUUAUAUUUGAAUGCCAGUGUCCAAUCUUUCACAGAUUAAAGAAUGAUUUGGUUCUUUUAUGUGUUCCUUA